CAAAUUUUAUUUGUAAAUAUCCACGAAUGAUUCACGCAAUUAGACACAGGGCAAUUGUGUAUUAAUGUAUUUAAUAUUUUUUUUAAUUGAUUUUUGUACCAAAAUAUAGCUGACUUAAUAACUACUACAAUAAUUUGAAUUCACCAUGGGUCUUUUCGGUAAAUCACAAGAAAGAAAUCCAAAAGACAUGGUACAAGAGUGGUCGUCUAAAUUAAGGAAAGAAUCUUAUGCAUUGGACAGACAAAUACGUUCCAUCCAACGGGAAGAGGAAAAAGUGAAGCGAUCUUUAAAAGAAGCUGCCAAAAAGAACGACAAGGAAAUUUGCACCACACUGGCGAAAGAACUGAUCCGUUCCAGAAAAGCCGUUAAUAAAAUUUACACUAGCAAAGCUCAUAUAAAUUCGGUUCAGCUCCAAAUGAAGAAUCAGCUGGCAACUGUACGAGUGGCUGGUUCCCUAUCAAAAUCAACCGAAGUGAUGCAAGCUAUGCAGGCUCUUGUCAAACUUCCGGAAGUCGCUGCAGCGAUGCGAGAUAUGUCAAAAGAAAUGAUGAAAGCUGGUAUCAUAGAAGAAAUGAUUGAUGAAACGAUGGAAUCCCUAGAGGAUGUUGAAGAAAUGGAGGAAGAAGCACAGAAGGAAAUCGACAAGGUUCUGUGGGAGAUCACUGCUGGCAAGCUUGGUGAGGCUCCCUCAGCACCGAUGGCGGCACCAACGAAGGAAAGUGAGGGUGAAGCUUCAGGCGUGAUGGCAGAGGUCGAGGAUGAAGAAGACAUGAAAGAUAUGCAGAGUCGGCUGCAAGCGUUACGAUCGUAAUUUUAGUCAGAAUCUAGCUAACUAUUCAGAAUUUAAAUAUCAACAUCAAAACAUUUUGGUGGAGUCCAUUAUGUUUUCACUUACGUUACUAUAUUCCUCGUGUACAUAUAGUCAGAUUUUUUUUCCGGCUGCGGAAGUACAGCUCGUAGACGAGUAUUUCUAUUUUCUUCCGAAUAGAGCGUUGAACUAAAAUGAUUGUGAUUUGUGAAGGAAAAUGCAUUAACCUUUAGGAAUAUUUAAAGAGCUCUAUAACUUGAACUCAUGUUUUCUUUGAUGUUUUCAUUGGCCCUUGAUUCUUUUGAAUAGUAUAAGUCUUUGCGUGCUUGUAGAAAAAAAAAGUUAAAUCAUUUGGCUCGUCAGGUUAAUUACGUUACGAGUGUUUUAUUUACUCACACAAUGCAUAAAUAAAAGAUAAGAAUUUGUCUGCAAAGGUUGGUUCUUAGCAGCACGUCUUAAAAUAAAAACGAUUUUUUUACACUCACCAUCUGA